AUGGGGCGCAGAAAGUCAAAACGAAAGCCACCCCCAAAGAAGAUGACAGGCACCCCAGAGACCCAGUUCACCUGCCCCUUCUGCAACCACGAGGAAUCUUGUGACGUGAAAAUGGACCGUGCCCGUAACACCGGAGUCAUCUCUUGUACUGUGUGCCUAGAGGAAUUCCAGGCGCCCAUCACGUAUCUAUCAGAACCAGUGGACGUACAUAGUGAUUGGAUAGAUGCCUGUGAGGCCGCCAAUCAGUAGCAAAACAGAGGACCCACCCCCUUAGCGGCCCCGCUGCCGAGGACCAGCCCACUGGGUGCCAAUCCAGAGACAUUCCUGAGGUCCAGGGUGUGG